UGUUGUCAUAGACACCGUACCGUACCACAGGCCAGCUUUCUUACGACACGUACCUACGUACUUUGGAACAGAGCAGUGUCAGUCACACAGUACAGUAGAUCUACAGACAGCUAUUAUGCCAGGAAAGUCUCGGGCUAAGCAGCGUGAAUCGAAAGCUGGAGGCACUAAGAAGCUGACGGACAGUUAUAUAUUCCCUGAUGGUGAAAAAUACGUUGGAGAGUAUGUUGACUAUGGCAAUGGUGUGAUCGAAAGGAAUGGUGAGGGUACACACAGCUUUGCCAGUGGACUAGUGUACAAGGGAACCUGGAGCAAAGACAAAAUGAAUGGAACUGGUGAGCUGAUUCAUCCCAAUGACUGCACAUACAAGGUGUACAAUACUACUCACUGUAGCUACAGGAAGACACUGCGCAGUGCAGGAAAUUUGGCACAUUUAUUGAGAAUGAGUACCAUGGCAGUGGUGUAUUUCAGUGGCCGGAUGGAUCUAUGUUCACUGGACAAUUCACCAGCAACAGAAUUAGUGGCAAUGGUGAAUUUAAGGACAGUGCAGGGAGAACCUGGAUUGGAGAGUGUUCUAUGGACUCUAAGACUCUACUAAAUUUAAAGCUGUCAUAAUAAUUAUGUCAGUAAAUUAACUUUGUCACGUAACUGUUGAUUACAAUUAUUAAUGAUUUUAAUGGUGUGUGCUUAUUGCAGAUCUUAGCAAACAUGCUCUGCAGUAAACCAGGCCACUGUUUAUAAAAUAUGGGCAAAUCAUAUUUCUAU